GAGAACAAGUUGCGAAAUGCGUUGAAAAUAACAAUAAAUUGAGUAAACGAAAACAGAAAACGGUUUAGUUUAUGAAAGUAGAAAAACGGAAAGCAGCGGGCGAAAGCGGAGCGCUUUUUUCUAAUUUGUAUUGUAAAAAUAUCGCAGUGUCGGCAGUGCUUGAGGUUUUUAAAAUAGUGAAGUAGUGAAGUAGUGAAGUAGUGAAGAGUCGUGCAUUGCGACUCGCAGAAGAUUGUCUUUGUUUUUAAUUUCAAAUUCCCGCAGUUCUGUUGUUGUUGCUGUUGUUUGAGUAUUUAUAUUUGUUCCAUAUUUACAUCCAUCUGUCUUGAGUCCGGACGUCUGCCUCCGCAUCUAUUGGGGCCAUUCCUUUAAAAGCGGAAACUUACAAACUCAUGUUUGCCACAUUGAUAUGCGUCCACUAAAGAUUUCGUUCCAAAAUAAACACAUGCAAAUUCGAAACUCAAGGCAAAUAGAAAGAGCAAUUAAUUUUUUCAUUUUUUGCAGUUUAUUCCGAUGAGAAUGAAGUAAUAAUGCUUAGAAGAUUUAAAACGAAUUUAAAGGAUUUUCAUAACACUCUAGCAAAACAUAUUAUAAGCUCAAUAUGGACACUAAGGAUAUAUGUACCCAUCAAUGCACACACACUUACACAAAAGCACACAAACUGACUUUGACACGGACAUACGCACAGAUACAUGAGUAGGAGAAGAUAAUCUUGCAAUCAAAUUUCUUAGUACUUAGCAGUGCUUGGCCCAUUGCAAGUUUCUGAUUGAAGGACUAAAAGGGGACAGAUCUUCUUGCCUUCUUGUCUGCUUGCCUGCCUGACUGCCUAAUUGCCUGAUUGCCUGAUUGCCAGAUUGCCAGAUUGCUUGCCUUCGUGAUUGUUUUGUCAUACAUCUUCAAACACACAAACUUUUUUAAGGGUACUUGAGCGGAAGAGAAAGGUGAAAACGUGACAAUAUUCAUUUUGAAAGGAUUGUGCAUUUUUAAAGCAAGAACAGUAACUCGAGAAGUGUAAAGCCGUCGGAUACAUAAGAAACUUAUAUUCUUUUUCAUACUAAAUUGAUUAGGACUAGAAAUGUACAUAGUAUCUAGCUUAAGUAGAGAUAUUUCAACGAAAAAACGACUGUAAGCCACACGUGUUCUUUAGCAGACAGGAGUCAUCAUAUUUGUUCUAUUUUCGCUGGCGUAGAGAGUUUGCGAUCUACUAGGGGACAGCAAAUAUCUAUUGUUUUUAUUGGUUUCGUAAAUAAAUGUUCUUCUUUAUUCAUUAUACAGAGUAAAAUGUAUAAAUGAAUGCUUGGUCAUAAAGAACAGUUCCAGUUGGAGUAUUGGCAUUACUGAAAGCGCAAGCAUAAUUGUUGUUACCCACUUUGAAAGGCGGGUUUUUAGUUGAUCAUAAGAUGAUAAUCAAUUGUUCAUGUGAAUGUGAUAACAGUGAUAAAUCCUCGUGCCGCUACGAACGUCGGCUGCACAGUAUCAUGGCAGAUGGUGAUACCUAUCGACGACUUUCAAAUUGCUCAACUUCUUUAUAUAGUAGUUGUCCACAAUUAUACCAAGAGAAUCCAAAUUAUCACUUAUCAUUGGCUGAAUCUGCAAAAAGUAAAGACUCAUAUCAAAGGAAACAUAGUACCUUAGUAAGCCGUCAGCAAAGAAGUCCUGUAUUGUGUCAUAAGUGCGCUGUGUGACGAAGAAAUAAUCAAACUUGUUUACAUCCGCAAAGGAAAUCAAAUGACUUUUCCACCAAGGAAAGUACGACUGUUACUGUAAGGCCACAAGCUUCCACUGAGCCUGAUGUAAAAGCACGUUUACAGGAAAAACUAAAAGAAGCAUUAACGCUUUCAGUUGUAGCACCAGCUAUCAACACUACUCGUUAUCUCUGUUUAAAUUGUAGAUUCAAUAAUCAACCAAUAUCGUGGUGGGUUUCCUGUCCUCGAUUAUCCAAUUUGGGUUCCACAAAAUCAACUAACGCUCCGGUAUCGACAACAAAAGCAAUGACGUCUCAUCAACAGACUCAAACUGUACCCGAUCCUGAGAAUUCAUAUGACUUUAAGCACAAAUCCAACAAUCAACAGAGAAAACAUCAACACCAACAUCAACACCAUCAUCAGCAACGCCAACACCAACAACCACAGCCACAACAACAACAUCAGCCAGAUCAGAGGAUAGGAAGUGCAGCCUCUCCAAAUUUGCAAAAUGCCAAAAGCCAAUUAAAUAGUGGCAAAGUGUACUUGAAGCAUGAUUUUUUGCAGUUUCCUGUCGAUGGUGUAGCGAAGAGAAAUUUUGCACAACCCAAGCCGCAUAUGCAACAUAAAACGUUCUCCCAAACAGCUGUACCACUGCCAAACUAUAACCUAAGUGACAGCUAUGCAACAUUACCGUUAACUGCGAACACGUCGAACAGAGCUGGCUAUUGCCGUAGUCGGGGCGUCGAUUAUUUUUGUCAUUUUCAAGGUAUCAAUCGAGCCUCCCCAGCACUGCCACCAAUAUCUGCGUGCACCUGCACUAAUUCAUCCUUUCAACAAUACCAGCGAGCAGCAAUGUUACAUCCUCCACAGGCAGUUUAUAAUCAAAGAAUUGGGAACGGCUGUCACUACAAAUAUGAGCAUGAAAAUAACUACACCGAUGAUGAUGAUUCUAUAUAUCCGAAAUUACUUGAUCAGGAGUUUCGUUUACUGCAUCAUAAUGUUCCAGCACUCAGACGAACUGAUGUGGAUAUAUCUGGAAUACGACAAUACUUCUAUCCAGAUGGCGGUUGGGGUUGGAUUGUUUGCGGUGUUUCUUUCCUAAUUCACAUACUUAGUUCAGGUUUUCAGUUGUCAUAUGGAUUGUUAAUGUUUUACGCGGCAGACCACUUAUCAAAACCUCGAAGUUUUGAAUGGUUAGGAGCGUUAAGUUGGGCCAUUUCUACAAUAUUAUCUCCUUUUGUGGUGACGCUCUGUGAGAGAAAGCUGACACGUCUGUUAGCAGUUGUUGGUGGCUUAGUUUUACCCUUAGGAAUUCUAUUUACAUCUUUUGCAACAGAACUGGAACAUAUUAUUUUUAGUUAUGGUAUAAUUUUUGGUAUUGGAGUUGCAAUGGUACGUGAAUCCUCCACAAUAAUGCUAGGAAAUUAUUUUAAACGCAGACGGCAGUUUGUUGAAAUGGUUGCUAUGUCAGGGGAAGGUGUUGGUAUAGCACUUUUCUCAGUUAUACUAAAGGAAGGCGUUGGAAAAACUGGUUGGCGACUUGGACUCCAAAUAAUAGCUGCUAUGUUAGCUGUCAGUUUCUUUAUUGGCUUGAUAUAUAGACCCGCUUCCCUAUACCAUCCCCAAAGAAGAGCUAUACAACAUUUAAAAAAUCAACGAAGAAAGGUACGUGAGAAAGGAUUUCAAUCUCACCUGGUUGGACGUUCGACUGUACAACAGUUUUUCCUGGACAUAUCAUUGUUAAAGUCUACUACUAUUAAAGUGCUUCUAAUGAUUUCAGGAAUAGCUGCUCUCGGCUUGUAUACGCCAAUGUUUUUAAUGUCACUACAUGCGAUUAAGGAAGGUUCUGAUAUUCAGGACAUUGUAUUACUUCAAACCUUUUUGGGUUUAUCUACAGUAUUAGGGGUUAUACUGGCGGGUUCAUUGAUACAUAAGCCUAUAAGAGUAAGACGUUUUACUACAACAACGCAGUUGAUUUCUCAAAUAUUUAUAUCGACUGUGGCCAUAGCCAUACUCUUCUUAUCAUUUGUAAUGGGAUAUCGAGGAUUGUGCAUACUAAGCUGGAUAUAUGGCAUAGGAUUCGGAGGAUUUCGAUAUUCAUUUAAAAUGCUGGCGUUAGAACGUAUAAAACAUAAACAUUUCUCAAAGACGUGGGGUGUGCUGAGAGGUGUUGAAUCUGUACCAGUGUUAAUAAGUGUGCCGUUAACAUCGUUUCUUAAUGACUACUCGCUUAAAUACGGUCGUGCAGGUUAUUAUAUAUGCUCAGCUGCUGCUGCGAUUGCUGGAAUAAUUAUAUUUUUUAUAAACUAUUCAAAUAUGCAGCAUAGUUCACUAAGUAGAAAAUAUGGAAAUGGUGCAAUUCCUGCACCGCCUGCAAGACCCGCAGUACAUCGUUACCGCGCCAAUUGUAGAACUAUCCCACCUCUAGACAAUUUUUUGUAUAGCAAUUGCGAACUCAAUGCACCAGAUCUAUUAAACCGCAGUUGCAUAAGCCUUAAUCAAUUAGGCAGUGAACAUUCACACGUUGCAGCUUGCGGUCAUCUAAGACCCAAUUACGCUCAACACAUCCCUGCAUCCUGUCAAACCUACCACAGAACUUACCCUGAUCGCUGUGAUAAGAAUUCUGUUGUACCAACAAAUCUAAACAAUCGUAAAGGAAAGCGUCUACAGAAAAGUUUGUCAUUUAUACACAAUUCUUGCUGUUGUGAGGGGCGUUUGCUUUUCAAAUGCUACAAUAAUUGCCAUGGAUUAUGCAAAUGUGCACGCUGCAAUAGAACUGAUUUAACACCACCCUUACUUUGCACAUGCAAUUCCACCUCUUUUAUGCAAAACUCGAGAAGCCAAAGUGUACCAGAAGGUCUUUCCAGUAAGUCACAACAAUGUAUGUGCAAGCCAUCUACACAAUAUUUAUUUGUACCAAAAAGUCCAGCGCAAUCUCAGAGCUAUACUAAGGACUGCUGUCAUUCAUCGAGGGAUAUACACAUUCAACACAGAGGCUUAAAUACUCCAGGAUAUUUUCGACAGCGCUCAAAAUCACUAUCAAAACCAAUACAUUUAGUAGAGCAAAUAACUACUUCCGUUUAGAUAUGUAUCUCAACUUUCUUCUGUGCCAUAUCUGUCAUGCUUAAAAAGAAUGGCCCACCGUUGUUGUAUAAACAUUUUUAGUUUUACCUUUAGGAUAUUUUCUCUUCAAAUCCUACCCUUUUAGCCUUUAACCUUAGUUAUAUUGUAUGUAAAAUCAAAAACGUAGUCAAUUUAUUUAAAAUUUCAUGGAAAGAUCUUUAGCGCUUUUAACUUCAAACUCUAAUAGCUUUUUAAAAAUUAUAUAUGCCCCUUAUAACACUUCAAAUUUGUCAGAAUUUUCGGAAUAAAAUAUUAUUCAUCCAAAACCGAAUGUCUUGAAAAUAACAGGUCAGAAGGAAUCGAAAUUUAUACAUGUCUCUUUUUUUGAACCUCUGGCCUCUAUGUCGUAUACCGCAUAGAAUUAUAUUUAGCAAUGCGAACAUCAUACAAGCGCAUUUAUUGUACUUGAAAUAACUAGCUACCUUAUAACUUGAGCUUGCAGAUGCAAUAGGGGCCAGAUAAAACUAUCUGUAAUCUUUCAUACAAUCUGACAAUCUGAAAAAUUCCUUAAGAGGAAGUCCUGUAACUGGUUAGAAAAUUCAUACCAAGUUUAAUAUGCGAUAUACACUUUACGUAAUAAAUGGAUGUAUAUGGAUGUGAGACAUCUCCACUAUACAAAUCCAACUCAUAAAGCGUGACUGUAGAAUAUAUUUCCAUAAAAUCAUUGUAAUGUUUAUUUUGUAUGAUAUCCAGUGUUUUGAGAUACAGUCUAUAAUUUUUCUGAAAUUAUACACAUAAUUAAAUUUGCUUUCGAAAAUUGUA